UCCUUUUUUUAAAGGAGAAAGAGUUGGGAGUUUUGGCAGCACCUCGGACGGAUUCGGCUGCCAUUCGCUGACUGCCAGUUAUUGUUUGCUCCUUGGCGUGGCAAAACACCCGAGCGAGCCAAGACGGUCCCCCAGUGCCUUGCCAAAAGCCGUGGGGAUGUUUGGAGACAGUUGGAGCGUUGAGCAGUGACAGUGGCAUGAGCACGGAGGAGGGCUCUUAUGGAAGAGGUGUGGACCUUGGAAACCGCAGCUCCUGCACGCAGGGAGAUGGCGGCAGAGUUUAGAGGGAUGAGGUUGCUGGAUAGUGCCUUCCUUGAAGCCCGCAUCAUCACUGCUGUCUAGGGCUUUGCCACGCUCGCUUUUUAAAAAUAUAUAUAUCCAUAUAUAUAUUCCCUUCUUUUUUUGCUGAUUCAUUUUUUACGUUGGGUGCUGCUUGCUGUUCACAUCCCGACAGUAACUCGACCAUCUUUUUUUCCUUCCCCUUUACAACUCAAUUUGCUCAGCCAUCUUUUAUCCCCUUCCUCCUGACUAUGUAGCAAACUCAACUCUUCUUCUAAAAAUAAAAAAAAGCAAAGCAAACAAAAGAAAAGGAAAUCAUAACCUUUCUUCGCUUGGCUUGAGUACUUGCAACGUUGUUGGAUUUUGAGAAGCAAGACGGAAGAGUCGAAACUUGUGAAAAGAUUCCUUCCCCGCCAAGAAACGAAAGCAUUCCAUUCAACCUGCAGCUGAGGCUUUUUUCUGUUUUUUGUUUUUGCAUUUUGAGGAUUGCUGAAAUAACUGGAGAGCACAGAAUCCUUGGAGGAAAAUAAAAGUCUGCCAGUUAUUUUGAAAUAAUUUUGGCAGUGGCACAAAUAUUAUAUAUAUAUAUAUAUAAAUAUAUAUAAAUAUAUAACAUUUCUAUUUUAACUUCGACAAUUGCACUUUUUAGGAGCUGGCCUCUAAUUUGAUUUCUGAGUUAACUCUGAUGAGAUUUCUAUUUUAUGAUUGGCUUUAUGUUUCAUCCUUGUUUUCGACAAACACAAUUUGAGUUCAAUGGAAACCUAAGUGCUGACGAAUAGAAAUUUUACCAAAGCAACAAGUUAGUUCUUUCUUCACAGUUUUUAAACUUGAAUUCCCUUUUUAAACUUUUUUUCCUCUUAAAAAAAUCGGCAGUACUAUUCUGCGGAAAAAGGGUGGUGUUGCUCGUGUUUCAUUCCCCCUUUUUCCUUCCCCUUUUUUUUCCGGGUAGUUUUUAAUAUGGCUGUGAACGUUUCUUUGGUCCGUGAUACAAAAUGGCUGACGUUAGAAGUCUGUCGAGAAUUUCAGCGAGGCACUUGCUCUCGGUCUGACACAGAGUGCAAGUUUGCCCACCCCUCCCGGAGCUGCCAUGUGGAGAACGGCCGUGUCAUCGCCUGCUUUGAUUCUUUAAAGGGCCGGUGCACUCGAGAAAACUGCAAAUACCUUCACCCUCCGCCACACUUAAAAACGCAACUCGAAAUCAACGGACGCAACAACCUAAUUCAGCAAAAGACGGCUGCAGCCAUGUUUGCACAGCAGAUGCAGUUCAUGCUACCGGGAGCACAGCUACAGCCAAUUACGACCUUUGCGGUGACUCCUUCGCUUGCAACGAGCCCCACCAUGGCGUUCAGCCCUUACCUAAGUCACGUGUCUCCCGGGAUGGGUUUGGUCCCUGCAGAGCUUUUACCAAAUGCACCUGUCCUGAUGUCUGGGAACCCAGCUGUGUCCGUACCAGGAGGCUCUGCAGGGCAGAAACUGAUGAGGACGGAUAAACUGGAGGUUUGCCGGGAGUUCCAGCGCGGAAACUGCACGCGCGGCGAGAACGACUGCCGUUACGCUCACCCGAUUGAUAUUGGCAUGAUCGACACGAACGAGAACACGGUCACCGUUUGCAUGGAUUACAUCAAAGGCCGGUGUUCCAGGGAGAAAUGCAAGUACUUCCAUCCACCUGCGCACCUGCAAGCCAAAAUCAAGGCAGCUCAACACCAGGUGACUCAAAGUGCUGCAUCGGCCAUGUCUCUGCCGCCUGGUGCCCUUCAACCUUUACCAAAGAGGCCCGCACUUGAAAAAAACAGUCCUGCCACAACAGUCUUUAACCCAAGUGUUUUCCACUACCAACAGGCCCUCGCAAACAUGCAGCUGCCGCAGCCUACGUUUAUCCCAACAGUUCCCAUGAUGCACGGUGCUACGCCCACCACUGUCUCCGCAGCAACAACUCCGGCCACCAGCGUUCCUUUCGCUGCAACUGCUACAGCCAAUCAGAUAUCCCAGUUAUCAGUAGAUGAACUGAACAGCAGCAUGUUUGUCUCACAAAUGUAGAAGCAACUACAGAACACAAACCAUGCUGAAAUUCUGAUCCCGAAGUCAUGGAGUUAUCUGGACUUUUCUCUCUUGGUGGGAAGCUGCAGCCAGACACUGCAAAUCUAGAAGUCCAUCUUUUCCUCCUCUCCAACAUCUACAGUAAGCCGAUCGCAGCCUACAUGUUAACCAAAAACUGAUUCAUGGGAAUGUCAAACAUUUUUUUAAAAAGCACUAUAGAAAAACAAUUAACAAAACAGCGCUCUGGUAUACAAGUCAUAGAAGUAGAGAACUGUAACAAUAGACUUUUAUAACACCUUCCUUUAACACACUUUUAAAAAAAGCAUUUUUUCUGACUACCAUCAAGACAAAGUGCUCCUGCACAAUGGACUUAAUUGGUUUAUUGUUCUAUUGUCGAUGGAUAAAUGUUUGUCUGUUUUUAAAGUGUUAUCUUACUGUUUUGUUUACAUCCUAGUCUAUAUUGAUUUGUUUGGGGGGAGAGAGAGAGAGAGAGAGAGAGAGAGAAAGUUGUACAUCGUUAUCAAGUAUACUCAACAUCAUUUUUUGUCAUUAUCAUAAUGUCUUAUAUUUUCAUAUACUGUGGUUAUUCUGGGUUUUUCUUUUCUUUUUUCUUUUUUUUAAUGACAAGCUAAGAAUGUUAUAGUGGGAAACAGGAAUUAUGUGCUUAAAAAAGAGACAUAAGAAUGUUCAGGAUUUUUAGAAGCUUCCAUCUGAAAACUGGAUUCCAUCUUCGAAUUGAGUCUCUAGGCGUGAGUUGCAAGUCAUGGGAAGGGACAGCCACUGAUGCAAAAAGCGGCCGGAAUGUGAAAUGGAUCCAGAGCGGAUCGGCCCCACCAGGGCCACGUGGAUUUUCAUUCAGAGGGCAGGCAGGAAAUGAGUGAUGUUUCUUCGUUCAAGUGCCAUUUUCAGCUGCAAAUGGCGCACAAUCCAUUCCUGACAUUUUAGCGACCCUAUUUUAAAGACAUUGCAGCAAGAUGGGCCGUACAGUUCCUUGAAAAUGGGGUUUUGCCACGGAGAUCAAAGCACUCUGUUGUGUUUCAACACGGCAUGAAAUACUUCUAUUUUUCUUUAAAACUUAAGUGAUGUGUAUUUUAACCCAGGAAAGUAGCACCAAACGACAGGCUUGGUUCUGUAACGUGGACAGUUGACACACAAAAAAGCAGAGUUAAAACAAUCUCCUGGGGAGUUCCCAGCCUGUGCAUAAAACCUCAGCUCCAUAGUGUUGCAGCACAGAUGAAAGAAUGGAGUUCAAAUUCCAGUCCUUGUGUUGGUGGGUGCAGUAUUUGGUCAUUUUGGAUCAACCAACCCAUUUUGUUUAGGUCUUGUGUGUUUUAAUAUGGGCUGGUUGAUAUCCUGUCCUUGGCACAGCGUAGGAACAGUGAAGAAGACAAAUCUGGGGAGGUGGGGCUGACACGCAUCGGAUGCGGGGUGAAGAAGAUUCACGAGGCCAGCCGCACGAUCAGUUAGGGCAUGAGAUCAGGUCUGGCGGUGAGCCCCAAGGAAGGAGCCAGGACGCAACACGUAACAUCGGCCAUGUGAAAUGGCCGCUGUUCGGUCCAUUAACGCUGGCAAGUGUGGAGAGGAGAGUGCAAACAGUUGCCCCCAGGAAGAAGGUUUCGUGCUGUUACAACACGCAGCCUCAUUUUACAGUUGGAACAGGCCAAAAGUGAGGCUAGUGGCCUCGGAGAGCAGUGGCCCAUUCCUGUUGAGCCGUUCCGGCUCCAUCUCUCUCACCAUAAGAGUGACUUCCUGAUGCAGUUCCCCAGGCUCCGUGGUGCCCAAAAUCCAUAUUGCUGCUGCUGUGUGGUAGUCAGACAAAACCAACCAGCCAAUAUCAGGAGAGGAGCCAAGGUAGACAGAGCACAUGCAUUUCCUGUGGCAAGUGUCCAGUUCCUGUUACAUUUGGUGGUGGAUUCACAAGGCUUUAAAGCCAAACCACACCUGACAAAGGCUUUUCACCAAAAGUGGUCUUAAGGUAGAGGAAAGUCUCAGGAGUUAUUUUAUUGUGGCAGAAGGGUAAAACCUGUUUAAGAGUAAAACCCCUGCUUAACCUGUGUUGCUACACCCAGCUGAAUUCCUACCUUUGGAUUAGUUUCUGAUCUAAGUCUUCCUGCUUGCUUUGCUCUGUGGAUUUAAAAAUAUGCACGAGCAGAAGCAUAACACUUGCUUGUUGCGCAUGCUUGCAUAGUCGGGAAUCACUGAGGGAGGCAUCUGGGCCCUUUCUGACCAAGGGAAUUCCAGGCAGUUAGAAAACCUAGAGGGACAUCGUUAAGCGAUCUUAAGCCUUCAAGGUAAGGGAAACCUUUCCAGAGAUAGAUAAAUAGAAAUGCCAAGCUAAAUCACAGCUCAUAACACACACAUUUAACAAAAAUGCACUGAAUUGGAACUCGAAAGUUUGCUUGUAUAAUUCUCAUUAUUUUGCUGUAAAUGCUAGUUUUUCGCCUAGCAGUAAAUUUCAAAGGAUCAAAGUUCUGGCUUUUUAAAUUAGCAGUCAUGAUCCGAGAUUGAUCACUGAAGUUUGAACCCCAUGAAAUCGGUCUCUCUUUGGAACAUUCGUGCCCCACUAUUUGGUGAGAAAUAUGGAAGCCCAUCUUUGAGCCAGAAAAACCCUAUCUUGGUGCUACUUUGCAGGGUUGCUCAAGGCCUUUAGGCCUAGCAGGAAGCCAUAGAAGGUUGUUGUGAUUUAUCUCAUCAAAUAACAUUUAAUAUAUUUCUUUGCAUUUUCCCAGUCAUUUUAAUGCAAGAGUUCUGCCUUCUCUGAAGUGGGGUGGAGGAAGCAAAAGCAUAACCAUUCCCCCUUUGGCUCACCAUCUGUUUCUCGGCUUUGUAACUUUGCUAGUUGGGAAAACAAGUGACUGAGUACUUCCUAGGAGAAAAUGUGUGCGUAUUUUAAAAAUAAUCCUGAUGGGUGGGUUUUGCACAGCCGGUGGCAGUGCCUCUACAAAGAACAUACCUGAGUUCUAGUUGGGAAGGACAUGUCUGUAUAUAUAAGUCCAUAUGUAUGCUUGUGUUAGCUUUAUGGUUUUAAGGGAGGUCGGUUGUUUUCAGUGCUGUCGCGGGGUUUCGGUGCAACCAUGGCGCUUUGGCAGAACCCAUCUCCUGUUUUCUCAGAAUGAUGCUCCAGAGCAACAUCUCGCAAGGAUGUGUAUAGAAUGUAAACUCUAAAACGUCUCCACAGCAUUCGUGUCACAGUUUCCAAGCGCUGAAAAGAGAAUAUUUCAGAGGUGCAACUUUGCUUGUUUUUGCAAAAAUGGUGGCACUAGGAAGCAGGGCGGCCUCAGCAGAUCGGGGGUGAGUUGUCCAGCAGAAGGUGGGAGUCGUUAGUGCAUGCCUGGAAUGUUUGCACCCCGGCACACACACACAUAAACACAUAGCUGCACACUCUCUCUCUCUCACACGCACACACACACUCGCAAACAUAUGCAUUCUUUCUUGAUGGGGUCCAGGAAUAUGAGUUCGGGGUAGACUAUUUAGGUGCCACCAUUUUUUUAAGUAGUAGUUGGCAAAUUUAACAUUUGUUUGUAAGAGAAAUGUUUUGAGGAAAAAGCAAAGCUUGAAGCACUGGGGACAACACCAAAAUUAACACAAAGGGGUUGGGGGUGGGGGGGAAUGAAAAAAUGCCAUUGUGAGGGUAGCACUAAUUAAAGCUUGUUGUGCAAUGACUUCUUUAUUCAAGAAAGAAAAAAAACGCAGUCGACAGACUAUAAAAUCCUACAUAGGUGUGUUCUAUUUACAAAGUCGCUGAGCUGUUUGGUGACUCUAAACAAAAUGUUGCAAACACAGAUAUUCCACUUUUAUUUGACUACAGAGAUGUAUGUAAAGUUUGUUCAAAUCAGUAUAAUUUUAACAACUUUUUAUAAGCUUCCCAAGUUGGACAAACCUAAAGAUUCUUUUUAAUUUAUCCAAAGUUCUUUCUCUUGCGUGCGCACGCAUGGACUCUUUUUUUAUAUAUAUAUAUUGGUGUAUGUGUGCCCAUUUCCUCUCAGCCUUAUGCAAACAAUAUGCAAGAAAUGCUGAAACUUGAGUAAAACGGGUCAUUGCAGAGGGAAAAGGAAACGCUGAUAGACGACUUUUGAGGGGGGAAAAGAAGGUUAGUGAAAAUAAUCCAUGGAAAGAAAUAAAAAUGUAAAAAAGAACAAAAACAAAACCCAAACCUGCUACUAAACUGUUAACAUAAUGUACACAGACAGUGAAAGAGGGAUUUUAAAAUGCAAGGAUUCUUAAAAGGGUUGCCUUUUUUUUAAGUAGUGCUCCAAUGCAUUGGAACACAACUUCUUCAUUAUCAGCCACAGAACGUCGUUUUGUUUGGUACCGGAGGUGGGCAGCAGGUACUGCUCAGGUGUUUGGAACCAAAACACCUGUGAGUCCCAGCCAGGGUGGCCCAUCAGCAGGGAGGAUGGGGGCUGUAGUCCCAGACCUGUGAUAGGCAUCCGCGUGUCUCUCUCUGGCUUAGCGUGAAAUAGCUCCAUUCCAGUUUUGUGGCAUCGUUGGUGCAUUUGAAAUGAACCGCGGUGUUUCCUCGCCCCUCCCCAGCCAUCCCACGCGCUCCGCUGGCGAACCCUCCCAGACACUUCUUCCUGAUCUGCCAUGUACCACGUGCUGCACUCGGAGCGUUUGCGGGCGGAAUUCCGUGGCUGGCUGGCCUGCCCCGCUGGGCGGGAGUCCUCGGGCAUGGCGAGGCGUUUUCGGGGGGGGGGCGGGCACAUGUGGACCCGCACCUCGUCUGAGGACUGAAAUACACACAAGCCGGGAUCUGAAACGCUGGUCUGCGUGCGUACCGUGGUCGGAUUUUUGUGGGUGUGCAUUUUCUUCCUCUGGAUGCCAGGCCCGCUGCUCAUGCCACUGCUCCAGCUCUUCCAAAACCCAGUUUCUGGGCCCACCUGUCACGUGGCGCUGGGGCGGGCCAUUGCUGGAGAGAUCUCGGCGCCCAGGCGUGCUCUUUUUGGCCCCGGCUGCCGUGGGCUCCUCACAGGUCCCUGCUCCCCGGGACAUCGGCCGGGAGGCCCUCUUGUCCCAGGCGGCUGCUGCAGAGCGAAAUCCUUGCCAGGUUUUCAGUGGGGCCUCUCCUAGGGAAGGCCUCAGGGCCGCCAGGUGAGAAAACGUGCGGGAGGCAGGUCGGGGGGCCGCUCACCCGGUGCUGCUCCCGCCCAGCCCCCGUUCAUACUGAGGCAACCCCCCCCCCCCCCCCGAGAACGGACGCCUUGUAGCCCAGCCCUGGGCGCGUUCACUCAGAAGUGCGUCUUCCCGUGUUGCAUGGGGCUUCCAUCUUGGUAAACGCGCUUCAGGGCUGCAACUCCAGGCUGCUGUUCGGCCGCAUCAGACCAAGCGACUUGCCCAUCUCCUGGGCACUCUCGACUCUGCCUAGUACUUAAUACAGGAAAACUCUUCCAUACUCACAUCCUAUGCAAGUUUAGACAGAACAGAAGUGCUACAACUAUCAGCAGCCACGUGCUGGUGCAUGCUCGGACUGUAGGCUUUUGUCCUGCCAAAGCUUUCAUAAGAUCGCAGCUGAAGUAGGCCAAGAAACUGGAUUCCCACCCGCGCAAUCCCUGGUGCAUUUCACCUACCUGCAAUGGGAAAAAGUGAAUUUUUUGAGGAAAAUCUUAACUUCCCCUUCUUCUGAAAGGAUGUAUGAUGCUAAUGAUCUGAUUUUUACCAUGUGCCUGAUGAAGGCCUUAGAAUAUAUUGUAUGUUAAAGACUGUAAUAACUUUUUUAAAGAAAAAGAAUAUUCGUUGGUAGCCUGAAAUAAUUGUAAAUAUAGUUUAAAAAGACAUUGUUACUAGGCUACAACAGGUUAAUCCAUGUUGCAUUAUUUUCCAUUUCUUUUACUGUUAGUUUAAUUUUUUUUCAUUCUUGUUUUUUAUAUAUAUAUAUAUACACACACAUAUAUAUAUAUUAUAUCUUUAGUAACUAAUGAAUUUAAUUUUUGAAGGAGAGUUAGAGAAUGUUUAAGAUUUUUAAAUACAUGUAUUCGACUCAUUUAGUUACCUUCAAAAACGACACUGAAGCGCAUGUCAAGAUAUAGAUAACAAAUAAGGUCCAUAACUAGUUUGUAUAGUUUGCAGUUUAAGAACAAACAAACAAAAAAAGAAUUAACUUUGUAACUCCUACAAUGAUAGAUUCAUUGUUAACUAAUUAUAUUAAGUUGUUGUUGCUAUGGCAACAAAACUACAACAUGGCUACCUUUGUAUACAUUAUUUGUGAAAUUUUCACAUGUAAAUUUAAAAAAGUAAUGUGUAACAGUAUGGGUUCGUUUAAGGUACAGUUCGAUACUGUCAGAGAAAGAGAUGAUUGAAUAUUUUUAAAAUCCCAAAGUCCCAUGUGAACGCUGGAUCUGUGUCCUUUAUGUCACUUUUUCAGUCAAAAAGUUUACAACACAUGGAUUUAGAGUCAGGUUUUAUAGCUUGUAGGAUUGUUGUGUGGGUCUGGGCAUUCCACAUUAUUUUUCUCCUCGGCAAUACAGAGACGGGAAGCUGUUUGGCUUCUUUCCCAUAAAGCGGAAACAGACGUAGGAAAACCCAGUUUGGAAUUUGACAACCUCCAAAGCAGUAUUUGGGGCACAAUUCAGCAAACGCUGGUUACAGCUGAGUCCCAUCCUGUGCUAUAGGAUGUGUUGCAACCAGCGCUCGCUUCGGAUUUUGCACUGGCCCUUGGUUUUGUUACCCAGAGACUUUCUCACAGCAGGACCCCAUGACUCAGACUCUCAGAAACGGAGUUUUGCAAUUAGUGGGGUCUUCAUUGCAGGAAAGAUUCAAAUUCAGGACGUUGAUCAGAUCUUGAACUUUCUGGAAAAAAGUACCAUUGCUUCUCAACACGAAUACGUUCGUAACAAAUGUAUUUGUUGCUUCCAAUGCCAAACAUCACAUUUCUGUAAUUAGAAGCUUUUACGUGAUUACGUCCAAAUCACAACUGGGAAAUAAAGAAAGAAAAGCUGUACAUAAGAAAAAAAUAUUGUGGAGUGACCCUGUAACAGUGUUGAAGAUACAAAUGUGCUGCAGUUAAACUGAUUCAGUGUACGAAUGUGUGAGACACAUCUUUUUGCACUUAUGUACAUAGUCCACGAAAGAAAUCCUUGGAACUUAUUUUGAAUAUAUUAAAAAGUCUGUAAUAAUACAAGGAAAAGUUUGUAAAAGAGAUUACUAAGGCUUUGAAAAGGAAGAGAUUUUUUGCUAUAAAACUUAUCUGAACGCAUGAUGUUGCUUUGCAAUUACACCAAGCUUUGUAGUUUGCCAUACAGCUUACAAUACAGCAGAAUGAUUCUGGGUCGACUCAGAUGACAAAAACAAACCUAAGGGAAACAAGCACUUAAUUGAGAAAAAGCAAGGUCACCAGCAAAGGUUUUCCCUAAGUGUUUUGCUGCCAGUCCCGAGUGGAAAUAAGAACCAAAGAAGAGCCCUGCUCAGUCCGACCGGAGGAGGAGCUGGUCGCAGGCUCGCCGACCCGCCUUGUACUGUUGGUGCUUGGUUGUGGUGGCAGAUCGCUUCUGGGUGGCGUGGAAGGGCUGUCUCCCAGCUCCACCGCUUCUGGCAAAAACAUGGUUCUGCUUGCCCAGCCCAGUGACAGCUCCCCUCUGAGCUGAAGAAUACCUGCGCCUGCCUGGCGGGAUCCCAUAGAUCUGGAAGCUCUCUUUGAUGCACCUCAGCCCUGAAGGUGGAACUGUUCGAUUCUGCUGCUACAGAGAUCCCAAGUUCAAGAAGAGAGCGAUGAAGCUGAGGGAGCUGUCCAAGGGCUGGUCUCCUCCCAACCAGGGGUUAAUAGGGGUGUUGCUAUAGGGGAAACUCUGUCAGGAAUUUGGAGCAGCGGUGUUGCUGCUCUGUCGACCCCCAGGAUGCAUUCUGAUCGUGUGAUUUGAGGAAAUUCGGGCAAGGAAUGUCCCUGCAGUCACUUGCUCGAGGCAGAUGUUGAACCUUGGGGAGAGCCGGGUGUCUGGAGGAGAACUCGGCCUCCCUCUCGCUUGCCUAGAUUCCAGAGCAGAUGUGAGGGAACGCUCUCCUCUCUGUGUUGGCAGAUGCUGGGCGGGCCUGGCCACUUGGGUUGACUUGGCAGAUGGUUAUCUGCAUUUACCCCUAAGCCAAAGCGAGUCUGUCAGGGGCAAAAUGAAGGGCAAGGCUUCCACACAAGUGGAGGAACACCAAAGCUGGUGGAAGGAGAGGAAUCGGGGCAACGCUGCUCGCAAAGCCAAGUGUCUGGAGGACGCGAGGUGGCGGCGUUCUCCAUGCUGGAUGGGAGCAUGGUGGAUUUGCCACCGAGCUAGGAAGUGUGGCUGUUUGUCAGGAGAGAUGCGUGUCCCAGUUGCGUUGUGUGCCAGGCCAGGUGCUUCCCAGACGGAGGAGCGGAGCAGAGGCCACGUGUUCAGGGGGCCCAGGGCAGCCUCCCCCGACCUGCUUCGACCCAGACAGAGCUCGGGGAACAUCAGAUGAGCACAGGACAGUAGGCUGAGCUUGCAAGUGCAGGAGGAUUGGGGUACCUUUCAUGGCAACUUCGGUCCAAGAUGCUUCCGCUUACCCGCAAGGCAUCUCUUUCUGCAGUGAAACAGCAUGGAGCUCUUCUCCUCCAUGACCAUCCCGAAGCGACCUGGAUGCGGGCCCCCAAGAUGGCUUUGCGCGUGCUACAAAUGCGUGGAAAGGGCGCACAAGGCAACCACGUCUUGCGAGAAGGAAGAACUUGCACAUCGCGUGCUGCUGACGAUGCACGAGCGCCUCCUGUGCCCAAGGAGGGCCGGGUGGGGGAAGUGUGCGCUGUCACCCGUUCACACGCGCAGUGUGUCGUGGCUGUGAACACCUCCACCAGAAGUGCCAUGAAGUCCAGGAAAAUCCGUGUGGAAGGCCCUCUCCGCUCGAGGGCCUCGGGGGCAGGGCCUCUCCUCCGCACGAGGACAAACGGGGCCCGUGCGCAAGGGGAGGCUGCCGCUCGGAGGCCGUCUGGGCGAGCACUUAGGGAACACCUGUGCUAGUGACCUUCACAGCCAUAUUCUUGACCAUCAGGAAGGCACGUGCCUCUUGGGAGAAGGCAGCAAAACAUGCAAACCAACCAACCAACAAUGCAACGAUUGAAACGACAAAAACCACGUGGUCUUUUCCAAACACACAACAGAGGGAAAUUACCUGACGCAGGAUUACAAGGUUCCAGAUCUUUAUUACUGUACACAGAUGCUAUUUGAUAGUGGUGGAAGCCAAAUAAUUUUGUUGCCAUGGCUUUUGUAUCUUAGCAGCUGAGGGAAUGACACGGCCAUCCGUCAUGGGGGGCGGGGGGGUUGUUUUUCUUCCAAGUCACAAACCACAAGAGGUGAUCUAGUGGGUAGCUGGAAAGAUGGCGAAAUAUUCUAUCGACAUUCAGCAAUCAAAGUCACAAAUAAAAAGCUGCAGGAUUAAACUGGGUUUUUUAAAUAGAAAAUUAGGCCUUUUUCCCCUCUGCCAGAAGAGAUUUUGAAGAACUAAAUCCCUGACAAUUGUUUUCUACUGAAAGUUGAGUUCUUCUACAGUGGUCACCAAUAGCAGAAAUGCAUCUACAAGAAAACCCCCAGAGACUCUGGCUAGAUUUCCAGUUCUGCAUUCAAACUUUAACCUGGGACAAAUACGGUCUUUUGAUCUGAAAUCGGGAUGUACAGUGCGUGCAUUGUGAUCAAGUUCUCCUUUGUUUGAAUUCUGGUUAAGAAAAAUUAAAAUCCAAAAGAUGCUGUUCCCAACUCUCUUACACUGGCAUGGAAGAUCUUUCGUGUUGUGGGCUUGGGUCGGCGUAACAAAGUAAAUCAAAUUCCCUCCCCAAUUGGCUCAAAAAGUGCAAAGUGGGGAUAACAUUAAAGAGACUGGUUUCAUCUUUGAAAUGGGAACCGUGUUGCACAGACUUUAAAUAGUGCCCGCUUUGGGGUUGUGCAUGUGUGGAUUCCCGUGAGAGCUAUCCCGUGCUCACGGUUCAGGGCAGCAGACUCUGCCUGAAGGAGGAGCCGUAACAAUCCACCCACUCAGCAGGACGGACACCUUCUUGCUGGGAAUCGUUGUGACAUUCUGGUUCCACGGUUGGGCAGAUUUGCCGUAUUCCCGUAUCUUUGUUCCAGGCCAGGAAAAACCUUUCCCUCAGCUGCUAUCAACAGGGUGUAUGCUUUGAUCUUCUUUUCCUUUUUGCCACAUUUCUAUUUCUGUCAUGCGUGUUUGUGCUUUCUAGAACCAUGCAUAAUGCAACUCAUUUUACUAUGUUACUUCUAUAUUGUUAUUGUUUAAUAUUAUUUUUCUGGAUCUUUUAAUAAAGUGUAUAAAAGUA